UUUUCAGAAUGAACAAGAUGGAGCACCUUGGGCGCUCUGGCUGCUCAGUCAAAUAUGGGCAGUUGUGUGAGAAGACGCUGACCGUUUAAACGGCUACAGUCAGAUCACAAGAAGAUACUCGCGCGGAGCAACGAUCCAUUCGCGAAGAGCGUCGAGCUGAGAGAGAGAAGGCAGACCAGCAGAGCCAACGAAAUUUUAGGCCGCUCAAAUGGCUAUAGCCAAAUCACAAAAGACGCUCGCGCGGAACGUCGAGCUGAAAGAAAGAAGGCCGACCAGCGGAGCCAAACUUUAAAAAAAAAUCCAUCGUCCAGCUCCCUCAAACCAGCAAAAAAGUCCAAGUCUGGGGCGAAGUGUGUAUGACCAAUCGGACUGGAGCGGACUGAAAAAAGGAGCUGAAGAAGAUCAGAGACGAGGAAAAUAAAACCUGUGGUCGAUCUGCUAAAAGGAAGAAUGUGCCCAUCGGUGCAAAUGGAUAUGGUCAGAUCACGAGCAGAAGCUCAAGUGGAGAAAUGGUCGGGAAGGGGUCCAAUAAUAAUAAGAACACGAUGCUUUCCCGGCGAAAUUUGAACUCAGGAUCACUUACAAGGACACAAUCACAAAGAGGAGCAGAAGAUCAUUGAGCUGGCACAAAAAAUAAAAUUCAAUAAAAAAAAAUUUAUAACGGUUUUUAUAAUGUUUUUAUACCAAUAUUUUUUUAAUAUAAAUAAAUUUGUAAAGAAAAA